UUACUAACAUCAUCAAGGUUUACUAAACUACUUCGCCGGUGUAUAACAUUUGAUUUCUACGUGGGCGGGAAAGUGUUGAUCUAAAAAUAUCCCGACACGUGGAAACAGCUGAAAAUAUCCACGCGAGCAAAUCCCAACGACGGACUUUUGCGGCCCGUGAAACAUCAAAGCUCGCAAUAAAGGUCGCAGUGUUAUAGACAGGUAUUCAUAAAACAUCGGUAAAGGUUACAUUACGAAAGGGCGGGUUAAGCCCGCAAGCGCUCAUAACAAGUCUUGUACCUAGAUGGAUUAGCGCGGCACCUGCGAGACCGAAGCCGGGCCCGAGCGGCACUGCAGGCCCGGCGCGGCGGCGCGGUCUGCACGCUCCGCGCAUGCGUCCUUCCCACUAUUAAAAAUGAAUUUCUGGCUCCCGCACUGAGUGCCGCUCGGCCGUCGCAGCCGGCUCGCGCUUGUUAUUUUCGCGUGAGGCCGGGCCGCGCCCGUGACGUGUGUGCUGUGUUGGGUGUUGUCAGUGGAUGUGUUGACGCCCGAGCGGGCCCGGAUGCGGUGCUAGCGGCCGCGACAUGGCGCGCCGCGCCGCCCGCGCCCGCGCCUUCCACUCCCCACCAUGAGCGACCUGCAGGCCACCUUCGAGUUCUCCGUGGAACUCUACAAGUUCUACAAUGUCGACCUCUUUCAGAGAGGGUUGUACCAAGUCCGCGUGGGCCUCCGCGUGUCGCCGAAGAUCCCAGUCCACAUCGAGGCGUCGGUCUCGAGCGGCAAUGGUGCCGCGCGCACUGGCCGGCCCGCCGCCAACGCCAGUCUCAUUGGUGGGCUGGCAGCGUCACGUGCCUUCCAGAUAAUGUACAGGAACGAGGAGGUCACACUGCGGGACAUCGUGCAUUUUAGAGCGCAUUUGCUUGUUGACAGCCGUAACCUAAAAGAUUCCCUGGAGCGUGCAGAAUGGAGCCUCGGCGUAGAACUCUGGUGCAGCGAAGGCGCCCAGUCCAGCACACUAGCUCCUGUCUCCUGCCGAGUGCUGAAGCUGCACUUCCAACCGGCGCAAGGCCUGCACUACCACCUUCCCGUGCUGUUCGACUACUUCCAUCUCUCAGCCGUUUCUAUCACCAUCCAUACCAGCUUAGUCGCAUUGCAUCAGCCUUACAUCAAGAAAAGCAUCAUGCAUUAUGUUCAAAGCUGUACUCCUCGCUCAAGCAAACAAUGGGGCAAGCUAAUGAAGAAUGCCGGGUCAAACUUCACCUCGUCAGGGAGCUUAGAGAACAUGCUGUUUGGCUCGAGUGCCAAAUGUGCCGGCGGAAAUUCCAGCAAGAUUGCACACGCCAGACAAGUCCACGCGGAAGUGUGCGGCAUUCUGCUCGGUUCCUUGGAAGGGCUCCAGAACGCGCUGACCAUUUGUGGCUCCACUGGUGCCCUGCUAACUCCUGAGGAGUCAUCGUCCAACUCCAUCGUCGGUGAAGUGGCCCAGCGUAUCAAAGACCUCAGCGACAUUGGCAAGAAGUCGGAAGCGGGUGAAGAAGAGGAAUGGGCGAUGGGCGCAGCGCAUGACAUCGCGCGAUUAUGCGCGGAAGUUACGUUGCGCUGGCGCGCGUUCUUACACCACACCUCCGACCGGCCCCACGUGCAUCAUGCGCUCGCCGCGCGCCACCAUGCACUCCGCAUCAAACGCUUCUCGGAAUGCUUCUUCGUGCUGGACAACCCGCGACACUCGCUGGCGGGCUGCUACGAUAGCAACUACCAAUCCUACCAGAGCGUGGGUGAGGCGGCGCGUCGGAGCCGCUAUCUAGCUUUGCUGCCGCCGCUCCCCGUGCAUUGUAUUGCAUUGGAUGGCGAUCCACAUAUCAUGCCCAUCAUUUUUGAAGACCGAUACCAGGACACCGCAGAGUUUGCAAGAAGACGUUCAUUUUUAAAUUCGAAUGCGAGUAAAUCUGGAAGUGAUCCAUUUUUGUGCACAGAUCCACUAAGUGAAGACUGUGGUUGUAGUGUCUCCUCGCUGAUGGAUUCACGAAGGCCUUCAUCCGAGGCAUCUCGAGUUACGCUCACUCUACCCAAGGCAAUCAUGGAUGUCCUGGAGCCGCAGUUCAAAUCACCCAAGUCUAGUAGCGCUGGUUCCAGUGUCGUACAAGCCACGCUCACCAUUACCCCCCAAAAAUCAGCCAGUGGAUCCCCCAAGAGGAACUUAGUGAAACAAGCUGUGCUCGAAAUUAAUAAAACACCCAAAGUAGAAAUCACUGGACGUAAUAGAUACAUCGUGCAGAAUAAUCAAAUAAGCGAGAUCCAACUACCGCCUAACAACGCUUUUGCCUCUUGUUCCAUUCAACAGGGACAACAAAUGUCAAGAUACUCCGCUUCCACUCUUUUAGAUGUAACCAAAAAUAACCACACGUCGCGACAAGGAAAAGAUCCGAGUGAGACAAAUGAAGUGUUCCAUCAGAAACAUGAAAUCACCAGCGGCGUCAGUACACUCCCCGCUAGACAUAGCAAGUCACUAGAUCAGUUGAGAGUCGCACAAAUGACACCACUUAAUAAUUCGCAACAAAUGCUUGCGAAAAACGUACGAAAUAGCUCCAAUACCUCUGUAAACUAUCCUCCCAAAUCGUAUCUACCGCCACAGCAAAUCAAACCUACCACAUUACCGCGUAGCGUCACCACCACCGCUUAUCCCACCAACACCACAACUAGAUGUGGAUCCAAAGGAGACGAUUACAGGAGAAACAUAAGCGAAUUCAGAGAAAAGUACAAAAAUCCAUUUAAUCCAAAUAUACAACCACCUCAUGGAAUAAACAAUGAAGUAUUUCAUAACGUAGGAUAUAAGUACGACGGUCGAACGAAUCCUAACCAAGUUUACGGUUAUACUUUCGGUAAUCAGGGUACUCCGCAAGUGAAUAAUAUAAUUCGUAAUCCUUUAGAAUUUCAAAGAGGCUAUAGUGUAAAUUUACCCCGUCCUAUGUUGCCUCCACGUAAUUCAUAUCCACCGGUUAGUGGAAAAAACCAAGUGACUGAUCAGACUAGCUUAGUUUCUAACAAACAUGUUCAUAGAUCUAACUCUACUCAUGUCUUUCAUCAAAAUAUGGAGAACCCGCAAAUUGAUAUCGAAGCGGCUAGGAAUCAACUGCGACAUGAAUUAAACUAUUACCUGCAAAAAGGCGACUGGAGCUACGAUUUCAAUACCGGUAGUUUAAUUCAGAACUACCAGAAGAAAUCGAGUAAAAGUAGUGACGAUAGCGGAUUUGUAAUGACAUUAGACAGAAGCAGUGACGGGACUUCAAAAUCGACCUACUCGAAAACCCCACCGUCAACACCGCAUUCAACAAUGCCAUCAGUGAGGCAUAAGAAGAGCCGGUCUAAAGAAUCAAAACUGAAUCAUGGCACGAAAGAAAACUCAAAAGUGAAUUCAAGUCGAGAUUCUUUGAACAGUCAUCAUUCUAUUAGAUCAAGGGACAGUGCUAAGUCAGACCGACAGUGCAAAUCGGAUCGCAGCACGCCGAAGUCUGAUCGAGGAACGCCACGAUCAGGUAAAGCGACUCCUAAAUCAGGGGCCAUUACUCCCAGAUCUGGUUUAGCAACUCCAAAAUCAGGACGACAAACACCCAAGUCCGGUAUAGCCACGCCGAAAAGUGGUAGAUCUAGUGGAAAACCAGAAAAACGUUCGAAACAUAAACCUUCUGAGAAGAUGACCCAACUAAUGUCUGAAGCCGCGUCAUCUUCCAGCAGCGAUAGUAUACCGUUUGAACUAAGAAGAUUGGAAUCGUCAGCAAGUGUACCCUACAGUUUAGAUCAUGGUCCCGAACUUUUGCGUCACUGCAGAAGUGCUGCUUCUGUAUUGGAUGAACCAAAUAUUAAUAAUACGUUUGGAUCUGAAUCAUUACCAAAUUUAGCCCCACCUCCAGCUUUUGAAUCACCGCCACUUGAUAUCGCUGACAAAGACUUUAAAAUAUUACCACCUGAAAACUUUUCUAAUAAAGAAGAAAAGAGAAGCAGAAGCAACUCGACUUCAAGCUUAAGUGAACAGAGCGGAUGGGUAUCUAGUGGGCGUAGUUCUGGACCUUCAACUCCAGAUAACGCUAGUUGUCAAUUAAACCAAAAUUUCCCUCCUCCUGUGAGUUCAACUGGCUCUAAGGUUUCUAAUGAUGAAGUUGAUGGUAGAAAAGUUGAAAGUGAAACUAUCAGCGACUUCAAAAGAACAGUCCUUAACGGUGAUCAACUUAGAGAAAGGCUUUUAAAAUUAGCAGUUAAAGUAGCACAGGCUAAUCCUAAUGAAAAAAUUGAAUGCUGUGAUAAAGAAGUGUGCGAAGAAUGCACAAUUUGUAGUGACUCAAUUUGCACGGAUAGCCAAUGCGAAUAUAACAAGCUUAUGCAUAGUAAUGGAAUAGACGCUGGUUGUAACUCAGACACUUGUACGGCCAGUUGUUUUCAGCAAAUGCCAACUAACGUGGGUAAAAUUAACCAAAGACAUAAUUCUUUUAGUGCUAUUCAAGGAAAAACUUACAAUUGCACGCCUAAAACAUCAAAUGAAGGGAUGGUAAAGAAAUCACAAACAAUUAGUGACAACUUACAUCCAUAUUUGCGAAAGGAGAUAUCGCCAAAGUUGUCACAGGAACCAGUGAAGUCAAAUCCAAAAGUGAAAAAAGUAUUAAAAGACCGAAUUGAAUACACUGAAAAAUUGAUAGCGGCCGAAAUUAGAAGUCUUACAGUUGAUCGUAAUUGCAAAAGCCACAAGAAAUCAAACGGGGCGGCUGCAGCUGUUCAGAAAUAUCAUAACAGAGCUAGGUCUGAAAUUGAUCUCGCCCAUUUUCAGGCUGAAAAUGAUUACGAGCAUUUACCUCCACCCCAGCAGUUUAGAGAUGCCCCACCCCCUCCUGACGAAUUUAAGGACCCACCGACAACCAAGUCUCCAAAAUUAAGCAGACAGAGCAGCAAAUCCUCUACUCCUUCUAAAACGCCUCGAAAACAAUCAGUCCAACCCUCAACCCUCGAAUUAGAUAAUCCAUUAUACCACGUUUGUGAAGGUAUUAGAGAGCGCCGAAAACUUAGACCUCUGCAAUCGGUCACCUCGAAUGGUACUUCUUCGGGUGGCACACUGAAUAAAAGCCAGAGUACUGGCGAAUUAGCCUCUAGAAACGAGAAUGGAAAUAACAAAGAACAACGGGAGAGCAACUUCGUCAGCAUCUUCGGAUUGGCCGAGUCAGAGCGCCUCUUCGUGAAGUGCAGAGAAGAGUUUAGACAGAGCGUGAAGUAUCCAGGUGCUAUCUACUCUGACUACACGUUGCCCGUCGAGGGAUCUCUGCCGUAUUUCCAUAUCAGUGACGAAUACAGGAUGUUUAAUCCAGAAGGGCUGCAUUUAAUUAUCUGCGUGCAUGGUCUAGACGGUAAUGCAGCAGACCUACGCUUAGUGAAGACAUACCUAGAGUUAGGUUUACCUGGAGCCAGAUUAGACUUCCUUAUGUCGGAGCGUAAUCAAGGAGAUACCUUCUCUGAUUUCGACACCAUGACAGACAGGCUGGUUCAAGAAAUUAUUACACACAUACAAAACUCUAACGAGCCAGCUCGAAUAAGCUUCGUAGGCCACUCGUUAGGCACAAUUAUUAUCAGGUCCGCCCUGGCGAGGCCGCAAAUGAAGCCAUUUCUUGGCAAACUACAUACUUUCUUGUCUUUGAGCGGACCUCAUCUUGGGACGCUGUACAAUUCCAGUGGAUUAGUCAAUGCAGGCAUGUGGUUCAUGCAAAAAUGGAAAAAGUCCGGCUCCCUCCUCCAACUAUCACUACGUGAUGCGUCCGACCCGCGGCGCUCAUUCCUCUACCGUCUGAGCGAGCGAAGUCAGUUGCAUCAGUUCAAGCACAUUCUACUCUGCGGAUCGGGGCAGGACCGUUACGUACCUCUGCAUUCAGCUCGCCUUGAGCUUUGUAAGGCGGCCGCGAAGGAUACCUCGUUGUUAGGACAAGCUUAUAGAGAAAUGGUACACAACAUGGUCUCUCCACUAGCAUCGCGCGCAUCCUCCGUGUCCGUGGUCCGAUACGACGUUCAGCACGCGUUACCCCACACCGCUAGCGCACUGGUCGGCCGAGCGGCACACAUCGCUGCCCUCGACUCUGAUCUGUUUAUCGAGAAGUUCUUACUCGUCUCUGCUAUGAAGUACUUCCGAUAA